AUGAAGAAGCAAAGGUUGGUGAACGCUUUGGUAUAUUAUGGCCUCUCCUAUGGUACUCAAGAUCUCGGGGGCAACCUGUACCUCAAUUUUACACUUAUGGGCAUGGCAGAUAUUCCCGGACAGUUACUUGCGCUUUUCAUUUUGGAUAGGAUAGGGCGUCGAAAGAUUCUGCUCAUCUUUAUGGUAUUUGGUGGACUGGCAUGCAUUGUUGCUGUUCUCAUACCAAAAGACCUGCAAUGGCUGACUGUAACACUGGCUUUACUGGGGAAGAUGGCAAUAAGCACCUCCUUUGCUAUCAUCUAUAUUGUUACUAGUGAGAUCUAUCCCACUGUGAUAAGGCACGUCAGCUUAAGCGUUCAUUCCUCGGUUGCACGGUUAGGUGGUCUUUUGGCCCCUCAGAUUCUCCUCUUGGAAACUAUCUACAAGCCGCUGCCGUUCAUAGUAAUUGGGUUGUGUUCCGUGACCGCCGGAGGGCUGACGAUGUUGCUGCCAGAGACCCUGGGAAAGCCCCUGUCUCAGACCAUGGCCGCUUUCGACACGGUGAUAAAUGGAAGUUCCAGAACAGCAAUGCAUCAGAAGCAAGAGGAGUGUGUCACUGAUACCGACGUAUAG